GCACAGAUAAUAAAAGGGUUUGUUUCAUUUUGCUACAUUGUUUCUAUUGGAGAACAAGUGGGAAGUGCAGUAGCCCGUUGCAGCCGGCCCCCUGGUAUCCUGUCCCGUGACUGGCGGUAGCCCCGGCGGGGAGGGCGCUCGGCAGCCGCCUACUGCCGCCGCCAUGGCCGCCCCGGUGCUCACAUCCAGGUGGCUCUUUCCAAAAACUGUACACCCUGAGGAAACAUCCUUCUUGGCUCUGAAACGUUUCAGCUUGUCCUAGGUCUACUUGCCUAUAGGGGAUGCCCAAGACCCUAAAGAGCGCCAAAAUACAAGUGGAUGGAGCAAGCAACUUAUGAUUAAAACACAAAGCUGCUGCAACUUAUCUGUAUGCGAGUAACAACGUGGGUUUGUGUUCCGGUAUCAGCACCAUUUACUAGCGUUAGAAAUGGUGAUAGUCACACAAAAUUAAUGGAGGUAUAUAGGAGGAUUUAAGAUGGCGGAGGCUACAAAGUGGCACCUUUGUAGUUACAACGUCAGCUCUGACAUGGUUACAGGUGGCUAAUCGGCAGCUUCAGAACGGACACACUGCUCUAGACAUGUGGGUACCGGAAUAUCAGGAGAUCCGUGGCAAGAUGAUGACUGGACAUGUAGAGUAUCAGAUUGUGGUAGUCACUGCGUUGCCUGCAUUCAAAUCAGCCAAGCAUAAACCUGAGGAUGUUGUACAGUUUGUUGUGUCAAAAAAAUACAGCGAGAUUGAAGAAAUCUACCAGAAGAUUUCCACCCUUUUCCCCAAGUAUUUAUUGCCGCCCUUUCCACGGAAAGUGUUAUUUGUGGGGGAAACCGACAUCCGAGAGAGGAGAGCAGCGUUCAAUGAUAUUGUAAAGGCCAUGGCGCGGGAGAGAGAGCUGGCCACCUGCCGAGAACUGCAGGACUUCCUAGUCUCUAGCAUCGGCGACUUUGAUGAGUCAAGAUACGCAAGACCUUAUGCAAAUCCCUCAGAAGAUGAUGAUUUUUUUAAGGAUGAAACCCCAUUGGAAGGGCCUCUCCUGCAUAUCACUAGUAAGCUGGAAAAUAAAAAAGUUGAAGAACAGGACGAGGAAGAAGAGGAGGUAGAAGUAGAUCUAGAUCCGCUUGGAAUCAUGAAGACCAAGAUAGUAAAGAAGAAAGUCACCGCUAAGAGCACUGAAGACCUCAGGACCAAGCCAAGGCCCAUGAUGGGUCUGUUCACUGAUGAAGUGGAUCCAGAUUCCGAGCUGUUUGCACCAAAUGCAACAACUUUUUCCACCAACAAGAAAACCACAAUGGCUUCAGAUGAUAUCAAAUUAUUUGAAGAACAGGACCUGGGAGGGCCGGUGAGACUGGGAGAUUCUCUUCUGCUUCCGUCCGCCUGCAGCAGUGACCCUUUGUUCAAACCAUCCACCCCAGAGAACACGGAUGACUUAUUCAGGGUUGAAGAGGACUUUGAGAAACUCUUGAAUCUUGGAGUGAAGCCAAAGAAUAAACCAAAGCCCAAAGUGCCGGCAAAACCCACUUUCCUAAAGGAGCCGCGUCAUUCGCCGAGCCCUUCGCACACGGGUUCGGAGCACACAGGGCCCAGCAUACAGGCUAUGGAUGAGUCAGAUAUACUCAAGUACAUUGAAGAGAAUGAGUCCGCAGACAAUGACUCACUCAGUCUGUUCUGAAGGAAUGUUGCUGAUAUCGUUCUUCAAAGUGUCCUUUCACACCUCUACGUAAACAGUAGGGCUCUUAAGCUUCCCCCCUUAAUGAUUAGUGAGGGUGGCAAGACUUUAAUAAACAUUAACUAAACUCCG